AUGGAGCACAAUGCCCAGUCACCUGUCAUUGAGCGGUCUGGGGCUGAGGAUUUCCGGAAUGGUGACGCACAGCAGCAGCAGCAGCAGCAGCAGCAGAUGGAAGGCGUCACAGCAAAUACGGACUCGCAUAGCUUGAAGAGCACCAAGCAGAGCUCAUCGCCGUUUACCCGUUUACCCCGCAAUGUCAUCGAACGCAUUCUCUAUACGGUUGAUCCAAGCGCAUUUGCGUCUCUAUCCCUGCUGAAUCGAAAAUGGAGACGUAUUUCCGAUGCAGCUCCGUUAUACGCUCACCAUCUGGCACAUUGUCCAUCAUUUUCCGCGACACGGGAUAGCGUGCCGUAUUCGGAAAGCUUGGAUUCGCUCAAGCGCAGGUUCUUUGCGGAGGUUAGGCGCAAUGCAUUCAACGUGUUUUUGAGGCCUCGUCAGACACUGGUCAAACUUAUCUCUACGUCUAUGAGUUCCUCUACAGCGUUUCCAAAGGGGGAGGCUUUUCGUUUCAGUUUCUCAGCCAGCGGACAGAUGAUUCUUUGCAUCAGCUCCUCAAGGAUUGUCGUGCUCGACGUGACGACAAAAUUGCCCGUCGUCAGGCAUGAACUCAAAACCUCGAGACGCCCCUUGGAUGCUACGAUUCUGGAUGACGGGUCGCUUCUCGCUGUCGUAUCCUCGAGGCACCAGAUCAACAUCUAUUCCCUUUCGGAUGACGACAGUAAACUCAUCCAAUGUCUCGCGUUGAACGAUACACCACAGGCUUUGGCGCUUUCCCCGACUGGUGGUGUUCUUGCUAUCGCUUAUGAUGACAGGAUUGAAAUGCAAGCUGUUGGUGAAGGCGUACUUACAACCGAUCGACGGGCCGUACGCUGCAAUAGAGUUGAUUCGAUUUCAUUCUCUGCAGAUGGAUUCAUGCUACUUGGAUCUUCUGCUCGGGGUCGAACUAGCUCCAUAGUUAGCGUCACCGUUCCGUUUUAUACGGGAACAGAGGAUGACGUAUCUCCCGGUGAUGCGCAGGUCCGGAUGUGGACUACACAAGUUCUUUUCCCCGCCACUCUCCAAGGCUAUACGAGGGCUUGUUCGCUUCCGUUACAUGAGGAGGGAGAAAAUGACUGGGUUCUAGGCUACGACGAACAAAGAGGGACCUUCAAGGUUGUCAGAAUCAGUAAUGCCAAUGCAGGCACCGUAUAUUUCCCAAGUCCCUUCUCAGCGAACAUUUACCAGAAAGCUUCUCCCGUAAUGUCCCCUGCGGUCGAUGGGAGGGGUGAGCUGGUUGCGCUUGGAUAUGAAGGCAGUGGCCUUUGGGUUCAUGGGAUACCUAACCGUCUUGAUGUUGCCUCGUCAUCACCAGGUUUCCUGCAACAAAGUGGUGCAAUUAGUGGCCACAGAAUGAGUGAUAUACCUGGAAUCACGGCUGCUUGCUGGGUAGGAUAUUCGCAUUCCUCCGCCCAUCCGGCGUCCAAGGGUCUUAGAUUAGUCACCGUGGCUCCUGGAGGUGUGAGUCCUCCAUCAAUCGGCGAAGAAGACGUCCCAGUUGACGGGGGCAGAGUGCUUCUUUUGGAUUUCGACAGGUCUCCGAGAAAUGGGGAGACAAUCGAAAUUAGCAUCGAACUCGGAGAGGCAGAGCCCAAAAUGCUCACAGAGCCGAAUUCAAGCCUGGACACCGAGGUUGAGCUCGAGAGACGGAGGACGCAAUUACGCCGCAACAAUACUGCCGCACCACGACGGUUACGGAACGCUGCCCGAGAAACCCAUCCAGCCGCGGCUUCAAGUUCCAACCAAAAGGCUUCAUACCGUCACCGCAGGAACAGUUCGUAUCAGUCCACUUCGAAUACCCCAAGGCUCAAUGCUACUUUGUUUGGGGAUGCCCAGCUACGAACCGGUGAUACUCUGCAACGUGCUGCUACCGCGGCUGCGGUCAAUCCGCGACGAUACAGUAGCCCACGCCAACCUCAGACCCAGCAAUAUAUCCCUCAAAUUCCACAUGAGAGUGACGCGGAUAAUUGGGUCCCACCACCGCCUCCUUAUAGUCGUGAACCUGAUGCGCCGCUGCCCGAAGACUUACGCAGAACCCUCCUCCCGGUACCGCCUGAGCUUCGCAGGGCUCAGAGUACGGCACAGAAUAAUGCUUCGCGAAACCGGCCUUCUCUCCACAGAUUGAACACCAUCACCGCUCGGAUGAUGAGAAUGGGUGUCAGGGAUCCGCAUACGGACGAAGAUGACAUUGGACAAAGAGGGGUGCUCCAGAGAAUACGAGAAGGCGCAUUAGGGCAAUUCAAUCAGGGCCGUGAUGGGCCAGUACUGCCAGUGCCACCAGUACCAGCGAUUCCACAAGCACACCAAUUACCUGCCGCAGAAGAGUCCACCAUAGUUCAAUCCCCCCAGUAUAUCAACUCGGCCCCCGCAGCGCCCCAAGCUUCCCAAGCUCCACCGGCUCCUUUGGCUCCUCCAACUCCUUCGGUUCCUCUCACGCCAUCAGAAACCCCAGCGUCAAGUCGAUCCCGCCGACAAUCAACCCGAAGUAACCAAACGGAGCACGUCGUUAGCCAAGCCGUGGCUAGCAACCUAAUGGAGCCAAUCCCAUACAUCCAAGAAGAAGAUUCACCAACAACAAUAAACCAAAACCAAAACCAAUACCCAUUCUCCUUCUCAUCGCCAAACCUCGGCGAUCCAGGACGAAGGUUCACCGGCGCAGCAGAAGAAAGCCCAGCAUCACCCACAGCACGACGUACCUGGUACCAAAGGGUUCCAAACGGCCGUUCACAGUCCCAAGACAUUCGGGAGGUGAUGCCGCCUCGGCCGACUCCUGCUAUGAACCGGAGGGCGUCGACUGAUCCUACGCUUUCUAAUCGUUCGCCUUCGACGGCUGCGGUUAAUGAGAAUUGGCGGAGGAGGAUUGAGGAGUGGAAUGAGAGGACCAUUUAUGAGACAAAUAAGAAGAAUCGGAAGUGUGUGGUUAUGUAA